AUGGCUAAGGCCCGCUGCCUGACGGGACACCAGUUUAGUCGAGUACAACUGCCUACUAAUCGACAGGUCUCCUAUCAUCUAGUCGACAUCAAACUUCCUGAAGUGAGCACUCUGCUACGUGCAGCACUACUCUCGAAGCCUGGUGGUCCUGUAGAGUACAAUCCUAUCGAUGGCUGGUUGUCGUCAGGUUACCAGCAGUAUACACGUAUCAUUAUGGCCAAGGCGCUGCGUGCUUGGGUCUUUAGACUAGGUGACGAGACUGCUCAGUCAUCGGCUCGCUCCAACUCUGGCAGCCGGGGCAGAGGCUUGUGCCAAAGCCGGACUAAUUCUGCGUUGGGAUAUAGACGGAAAACCCAGUAG